ACAAAUAAAGUUGUGUUUUUUAAGAAAAUCAAAUAUAUUAUAAAAAUAUCUUAUACUAUAGUUAGACACGUAAUCAAAAAUGUGUGAUAGUGAUGAUCCAGGGGAUCAGGGUCGAGGCGGAAUGGACCUUACAGGAUUUUUAUUUGGAAAUAUAGACGAAAGCGGUCAACUCGAAGACGAUGGAUUAUUGGACGGAGAUUCUAAAAGGAUGCUUUCCUCCCUGAACCGCUUAGGUCUUGGAUCAAUGUUGUCUGAAGUUUUAGAUGAGGAAGAGCCUAAUAAAGACGAUGAAGAGAAAGAUUAUACUCAAAAGAGCCCAUCGGCUGUUGAUUUUUUUGAUAUUGAUGACGCAGCUGAUGAAGAUAAGAAUGAAGAGAACAUUGAUUGGGAUACAUCGUCAGACCCAAAUAGAGUGGAAAGUAUGGAUAUUAAGGCUGAAACUGAUGCAGAUCAGCAAAACCAAGCACAGAAUGAUAAUAAUGACACAACUCAAGAUGAGUGGAAGGAAAACGAGGGUGAUCAAUAUGAGCAGCGGAAUGAUGAUGGAUAUGAAGGGGAUAUGGAGGGAGAUGGUGGGCUUAUGCCACCGCCAAAUACUGUUCCAAAACAAAAGACUGAGAAACCUAAAAGGUUAGAAACUCCAUUAGCUGCAAUGCUUCCAUCAAAAUAUGCAAAUGUUGAUGUCACAGAACUUUUCCCAGACUUUAGACCUGACAAGGUUUUACUUUUCUCUCGUCUAUUCGGGCCAGGAAAAUUGUCAAGUCUUCCUCAAAUUUGGCGAGGCGUUAAAAAGAGGCGACGUCGCAAGAGGAGUGGCAGUACAGGUUCUGAUACACCCCCACAGCCGUCUGAACUGCGCGACCCUCAAUAUGCUAGUGAUGAUGAAGAUAAAUUGUUAAAACCAAUGGAAGAAAAUCAAAAUUCUGGGACACAAGAAAAUGGUUCUUCUGGUGAUAAAAACGAUAAAAGUCAGAGACCUACUCCUGCACAUUGGAGGUUUGGUCCCGCUCAAGCUUGGUAUGAUAUGCUCAAUGUGCCAGAAACAGGCGAUGGAUUUGAUUAUGGGUUUAAAUUAAAGGCACCAUCACCAGAUCGCGAAGAGAAACCGAAGAAGGAAGAAGAAGAGAAAGAGGAAUGUGAAAAUUCUGAUAGUCCCGAUAGUGGCUUUCCUGAUGACUCCUUCCUUAUGGUAUCACAGUUGCAAUGGGAGGAUGACGUUAUUUGGGAUGGGAGUGAAAUUAAACACAAGGUGCUAGCUCGUCUGAACAGUAAAAGCAACGCGGCCGGCUGGGUGCCCACGUCGGUGAGCCGCACGGCGCAGCAGUUCUCGCACCCGCGGCCGCAACCGCCCGCGCCUUUACAGCCGAAACCACCCACAUCCACAGCAUCAUCAGCUAACAAUUCAGCCAAUGCUGCAGAUGGUGAAGAUAAUACUUGGUACAGUAUUUUCCCGGUCGAAAAUGAAGAACUGGUGUAUGGUACUUGGGAGGACGAAGUUAUAUGGGACCCAGAAAAUAUGCCCAAGAUACCGAAGCCUAAGAUAUUGACCUUAGAUCCAAAUGACGAAAAUAUCAUUUUGGGAAUACCCGAUGAUGUUGAUCCUUCAAAGAUUACCAGAGAGAGAGGUCCAGCGCCGAAAGUGAAAAUACCACAUCCACACGUGAAAAAGUCCAAGAUCCUGCUCGGUAAGGCGGGUGUCAUCAACGUGCUGCAAGAAGACGCGCCACCUCCGCCGCCCAAAUCGCCCGAUAGAGAUCCAUUUAAUAUAUCGAAUGACGUCUACUACCAACCAAAAUCGCAGAACCCGCGUCUCAAAGUGGGCGGAGGCCAGCUCAUUCAGCACAGUACUCCAGUAGUGGAGUUACGAGCGCCUUUCAUACAAACGCACAUGGGACCGGCUCGGCUGAGGGCCUUCCACCGACCGGCCAUGAGGAAGCUGUCGUAUGGACCACUGGCAGCCCCUGGACCGCAUCCUGUGCAACCGCUGUUGAAACACAUCAGGAAGAAGGCCAAGCAACGUGAAGCGGAACGUCUGGCUUCAGGAGGUGGUGACGUCUUCUUCAUGCGCACUCCCGAAGACCUCAGCGGGAGGGAUGGGGAACUCAUAUUGGUCGAGUUUUGUGAGGAACACCCACCGCUCAUCAGCCAAGUUGGAAUGUGUACUAAAAUCAAGAAUUACUAUAAACGUACCGCUACUAAGGAUAACGGUCCGAAACCGCAAAAGUACGGUGAAAUUGCGUACGCGCACACAUCACCGUUCCUUGGGAUAUUACCGCCGGGUGCCACUCAGCCAGUGGUCGAAAACAAUAUGUAUCGAGCUCCCAUAUACGAACACACAUUACCGCAAACUGACUUCCUUAUUAUUAGAACUAGACAAUCAUAUUACAUUCGUGAAGUGGAUGCGCUUUUCGUUGCUGGUCAAGAAUGCCCCUUGUAUGAGGUACCGGGACCCAACUCGAAAAGAGCCAAUAACUUUGUUAGAGAUUUUCUGCAGGUGUUCAUAUACAGAUUAUUCUGGAAAUCUCGAGAUAAUCCUCGUCGUAUAAAAAUGGAUGACAUUAAGAGAGCUUUCCCAUCACAUUCAGAGAGUUCCAUACGUAAACGGCUCAAGCUGUGCGCUGAUUUCAAAAGAACUGGCUUGGAUUCGAAUUGGUGGGUUAUAAAACCAGACUUUCGUUUGCCAUCGGAAGAAGAAAUCCGUGCAAUGGUAUCGCCGGAGCAAUGCUGCGCCUACUUCAGUAUGGCGGCCGCGGAACAGAGGCUAAAAGAUGCCGGAUAUGGAGAGAAGUUCAUCUUCACCCCGCAGGAGGAUGAUGAUGAGGAAAUGCAAUUGAAAAUGGAUGAUGAGGUAAAAGUAGCACCCUGGAACACGACGCGAGCGUACAUCCAAGCGAUGCGCGGCAAGUGCCUGCUGCAGCUGACGGGGCCGGCGGACCCCACGGGGUGCGGCGAGGGCUUCUCGUACGUGCGCGUGCCCAACAAGCCCACGCAGCAGCCCAACGAGGAGCAGCAGCCGAAGAGGACGGUCACCGGCACGGACGCCGACUUGAGGCGGCUCAGCUUGAACAACGCCAAGGCGCUGCUGAGGAAGUUCGGCGUGCCGGAGGAGGAGAUCAAAAAACUGUCGCGAUGGGAAGUUAUUGAUGUAGUCAGAACACUAUCGACUGAAAAAGCUAAGGCCGGCGAAGAAGGUAUGACGAAGUUCUCUCGAGGGAACAGGUUCUCUAUAGCUGAGCACCAGGAGAGAUACAAAGAAGAAUGCCAACGUAUAUUCGAGCUCCAGAAUCGCGUAUUGCAAAGUACUGAAGUGCUCAGUACAGACGAAGCCGAGAGUUCAGUCAGUGAGGAGUCUGAUCUCGAAGAAAUGGGAAAGAAUCUUGAGAAUAUGUUGGCGAACAAGAAGACUACGGAACAGCUAACAUUAGAAAGGGAAGAGGCAGAAAGAGCGGAGCUGAGAAAGAUGAUUCUCGGACAGUCGGAAAAGAAGCCACAGAUAAAUCAAAACGAUCAACAGUCAUCCAAUCAAGGUCGGGUACUUCGUAUAGUCCGGACGUUCCGUAACGCAUCCGGCCAGCGGUACACACGAGUAGAAUUGGUCAGGAAGCAAGCGGUUAUAGAAGCGUAUACUAAGAUCCGUUCUACUAAAGACGACGCGUUCAUUCGACAAUUUGCUACCAUGGACGAGACGCAAAAAGAAGAGAUGAAAAGAGAAAAGAGGAGAAUUCAGGAACAACUCAGACGUAUCAAGAGAAAUCAAGAACGAGAAAGGUUGGCGGGCAAUGCUUCAGUGCCCGGCUCUAUUGGCGGCGACAGUAUGAGCAUGUCAUCAAUAGGUGACGUGGGUUCCGCGUCUCCUGGGCUCAUUCCUUUGGGACAGAUAAAACAGGAGCCCGAUCUCCACACACCAUCACGACGUCGCGCUAAAUUGAAACCAGAUCUGAAAUUAAAGUGCGGCGCUUGCGGUCAAGUGGGACAUAUGCGUACGAACAAAGCAUGUCCAUUAUACACCGGUGGUGGAGGCCCAUCGUCACCUGAUCGGGAUGAAAGAGACAUUGAGCCGGUCGAUGAGGAUCUCACUUACGUCGAGGGCACUAAGCUCACUCUACCCUCGAAGAUAGUUAAGUCGGCAGAGGAGCUCCGGCGGCGCAGCGGGGGCGCGGCGGGCGCGGCGGGCGCGGCGGGCGCGGGCGCGGGGGCGGGGGCGCGCGCGCGCGGCGAGCUGCGCGCGGCGGGGCGCACGCGGCGCCGCGGCACGGCGGGCGAGCCGUGCGACUACCUGGUGCGCCGGCCCGCCGAGCGCCGCCGCACCGACCCGCUGGUCACGCUCUCCUCGCUGCUGGAGGACGUGCUCAACCACAUGCGCCACCUGCCCGACGUGCAGCCCUUCCUCUUCCCCGUCAACCCGAAGAUGGUGGCGGAUUAUUAUCGCAUUGUAUCGCGUCCGAUGGAUCUGCAGACGAUCAGGGACAAUUUGCGACAAAAACACUAUCAAAGCCGAGAAGAGUUCCUUGCAGACGUCAAUCAAAUUGUGGAAAAUUCUAAUCUCUAUAAUGGUGCUAACAGUAGCUUGACGGUGGCCGCUCAGCGCAUGAUGCAAAGAUGCUUCGAAAAGCUAGCUGAAAAAGAGGAACAAUUUAUGAAACUCGAAAAACAAAUUAAUCCACUACUUGAUGAUAAUGAUCAGGUUGCUCUGUCGUUUAUAUUUGAGAAUCUGUUGACAACAAAAUUGAAAAUAAUGCCCGAGGCGUGGCCCUUCCUAAAACCCGUGAACAAGAAACAAGUGAAAGAUUACUACAAUGUUAUUAAGAAACCUAUAGAUAUGGAGACUAUAGGCAAGAAGAUUCAAGCGCACAAAUACCACAGCCGCGACGAGUUCCUGCGCGACAUACAGCUGCUGGUGGACAACUGUCGCGCCUACAACGGCCCCAACUCGCAGUUCACGCGGCAAGCUGAGGCGAUACUUAAAGUAACGCAAGAGUCCCUGGAACAGUUUGACGAGCACGUGAGCCAAUUGGAAGCGAAUAUAGCCCGAGUGCAGCAGAAGAUGUUGGAAGAGGCGGACGUAUCCGAUACGGAGGAAGAGUUGCCGGUUAGCGACGAGAAACGUGGCAGAGGCCGGCCGCGGAAACACAAGCCCACACCGUCUACGUCCACGGAUGAAGCCACGCCGAGGAAACGUGGUCGUCCAAGGAAGGAUCAAAAUAGCUUAGUGGAUGAUUUGCAGUAUUCUGAUAGUGGUAGUUCUGGGCUGGAAGAAGUGGAGCAAAAAGAUGUGGCCGAAACCACGGUGCACCUGCCUGUUAAAUCUGAAGACGACCCGGGUGCAGGGCCUAGUUUCAAUCCGGCCGAUUUCCCGAUCAAACGCGAAAUACCGGACGAGCCGCCGCACGCUUCUGACGAGUUGGUCGACCUGGAUCAACAUAGUAUGGACUAUACAUAUCCUAUUAAGGAGGAGCCAAUAGAACCGGACAUGAGUAUGGAGCCCCCAAUGGACUUGCCAGGCAUGUCCGGGGAGCCGCCGCAUUUCAAGGAAGAACCGCUAGAGAAUUGGCAGCCCGAUCCUGCAAUACAAGACGACUUACAAGUCACGGACAGUGAGGAGGAGCCGGAAGAUGGACUGUGGUUCUGAAGGAGCUUCACUUGUUGCAAAUAUUAUGUACUUGCAUAUUAAAAUAGUAUUUUUUAUCAGAUUGUUGAAUAAAAUUAAGUAAAACUAAAAUAAAUUAAGAUUAAUUUUCUACGAACUUUUUAUUCACGUUCUUUUUGUUUCGUAUAUUUUGAUUAUAAUCGCUCGAAAAUUUCAUCACUAUAUACAUAUGAAUUCCGUAAUGGUGUUGUGUUUUGGUGUGUGCUUGUGUGUUGUGUGUGUGUCUAUUGUCAUCCAUCCUAUUAUAAAUCCUAUUUCCUAUUAUAUGUUAUAUACUUACA